UUUGAAUGUACGUAAAUCUCAUCGCCACAUUCCUCCUUCAAGCGGGCGAGAGAGAAAAAAAGAGAUAACCUAAGAGGGGAAAGAUGCCAGCUGGUCACGGUGUCCGUUCUCGAACGAGGGAUUCGUUCUCCAGGCCCUUUAGAAAGAAGGGUUACAUUCCCUUGACUACUUACCUCAGGACCUAUAAGAUCGGCGACUUUGUCGAUGUUAAGGUAAACGGCGCCGUUCAUAAGGGUAUGCCCCACAAGUUCUAUCACGGCCGCACUGGUCGCGUUUGGAAUGUCACAAAACGCGCCAUCGGCGUUGAAGUUAACAAGCAGGUGGGAAACAGGAUUAUCAGGAAGAGGAUUCAUGUGCGGGUUGAGCAUGUUCAGCCUUCGAGGUGUGCUGAAGAAUUCAAGCUGAGGAAGGCGAAGAAUGAUCAACUCAAGGCAGAGGCCAAGGCAAAGGGUGAGAUAAUAAGCACAAAGAGGCAGCCAGAGGGCCCUAAACCUGGUUUCAUGGUGGAGGGUGCUACGCUUGAAACCGUAACACCCAUCCCAUAUGAUGUCGUUAAUGAUCUCAAGGGUGGCUACUAGAUCUACUCUGUUUUUAUAUUUUUGGUCUUGCUGUUUUGGAUUUCUUUUCGGCAAAACAUAAGUUAACUGAAUUAAAUAUUUGCAAGUGCUGUUUCAUUUAGUAUAUUUUGAAGA